AUGAAUUCCACACUCUCAAGUGUUUUACCAAAGCCUCGACAUACUCAGCUGAGCUCCGAACAGCACAGUGAAUAUGAACGUGGCUUCGACGAGUUGACUGCAACGAAACGCACAAAAGGUCCCCCACCAUAUGGCCAUCGAGCCGAUUGGAAGCCAAGAAAUCUCGAAGAUUUUGGUGAGGGUGGUGCCUUUCCAGAGAUCCACAUGGCCCAAUACCCUCUCGACAUGGGCCGAAAGAAGACAGGCACAAGCGGAGGAUCUCUUACUUUACAGGUGGAUGCAGAAGGCAGCAUUCGUUAUGAUGCUAUUGCUCGUCAAGGCCAUUCCGAGAAUCGCGUAAUUCACUCACAAUUCAAAGAUUUAGUUCCACUAAGUCAAAGGGUUGACAUCGAAAAAGUCGAUUUGGAAAGACCUACCGACGAUUUGGUUAAAGAAACAACUGAUAAGACAAGAGAAGCAUUGGAAAAGAUUGUGCAAGGGAAAAUAAGAGCAGCACAACCUAAAAAUGUCAAAACAAACAAACCUGCUACCGAACCGGCUUAUAUAAGAUAUACGCCCGCACAACAAGGGGAAUCGUUUAAUUCUGGCGCUAGUCAACGUAUUAUAAGAAUGGUAGAAAUGCCAACGGAUCCCAUGGAACCGCCAAAGUUUAAACACAAAAAAGUGCCUCGCGGUCCACCUUCACCCCCGGCUCCUGUUCUACAUUCACCACCGCGUAAAACUUCUGCAAAGGAGCAACAAGAGUGGGUCAUUCCUCCUUGCAUAUCGAAUUGGAAAAAUGCUAAAGGUUAUACAAUUCCACUCGAUAAACGUUUAGCAGCAGAUGGACGCGGAUUGCAAGAGGUUACAAUAAACGAUAAUUUUGCAAAAUUGUCUGAAGCGCUGUUCGCUGCUGAUCGACAUGCUCGUGAAGAAGUACGUCAGCGCAGUUUAAUGCGAGAAAAACUUGCACAAAAAGAGAAGGAGGAGAAAGAGAAACGAUUACGCAUGUUGGCACAGAAGGCUCGCGAGGAAAGGGCAGGGCUAUCAACGUCUGCUGCAGCACCAUCUUCUGAAGCUGGAGAACAGUCAGAAUCUGGCGAGGAGUCUGACGAAGAAAAGGUCAAACAUCGAGACGAAAUACGACAGGAUCGACGGAGAGAAAGAGAGAGAGAAUAUAGAUUGUCUCGUAUGGGAGCAGAACAGAAAGCGAAAUACCUAGCCCGUGAGGAAGGCCGUGAUAUUUCAGAACAAGUCGCACUAGGGCUUGCCAAACCCACAAUGAGCAAAGACAGUCUGCUUGAUCCACGACUGUUUAGUCAUUCAGGUGGUCUCUCAUCUGGUUUCAAGGAUGACGAAGCAUAUGAUCUCUAUGACAAACCCUUGUUUGCGGGAUCUAGCGCCAACAUGAUAUAUAAUCCAAAGAAAAGCUAUGACCCAGAUCUUUUUGACGGUGAUGAAAAUAUCAGACAACUCUUGGCCAAAACUGGCCAAUCCGCAGAAGCCGGUCAGAUUCGAACUGGUCCUAUUGAGUUUGAGAGAGAGGAAGCAGAUCCAUUUGAUAUCAACCGUUUCUUGGAUGCUGCAAAAAAGGGUGUGAAACGUGGACUAGAAGCUGUAUCGGAAAGCAGUAAGACCAAACGGCAGAAGGACUAG